AUGGAUGACGAAGAUGACGAGGACCAAACCGACCCUGACGAGGCCGACCAGGAGGACCAGGAUGAAGAUGGGGAAGACGGCGAUGGCCAUGAGGGGGCCAAGCGCAAGUGGGCCGGCGACGGUGUGUGCGACGCGGCGGCCAAGCGUCACUGCUGCAGUGACCAGGAGCAGCUGGCAGAGCGGGACGAGAGUGAGGGUGAGGACCAGGAAUGCGAGGAAGAGGCAGAGGAAGAGGACGACGAGUGAUGGCCGCCUUCGGUCUGUGCACAGUGCGUGCCAUCACGAUUGGAUGGGUGGGUGUCUGGGUGUGCCAACUGCCAAUGCUCUCGUGG